UCAGUUUCAGUGAAGGAGGUGUGGCUUCAGUGCCUGUCAGUUUUAGUGAAGGAGGCAUGGCCUCAGUGUGUGUCAGUUUCAGUGAAGGGGUGUGGCCUUACUGCCUGUCAGUUUUAGUGAAGGAGGUGUGGCCUCAGUGUGUGUUACUUUCAGUGAAGGAGGUGUGGCUUCAGUGCCUGUCAGUUUUAGUGAAGGAGGUGUGGCCUCAGUGUGUGUCAGUUUCAGUGAAGGAGGUGUGGCUUCAGUGCCUGUCAGUUUUAGUGAAGGAGGCGUGGCCUCAGUGUGUGUCAGUUUCAGUGAAGGGGUGUGGCCUUACUGCCUGUCAGUUUUAGUGAAGGAGGUGUGGCCUCAGUGUGUGUUACUUUCAGUGAAGGAGGUGUGGCUUCAGUGCCUGUCAGUUUUAGUGAAGGAGGUGUGGCCUCAGUGUGUGUCAGUUUCAGUGAAGGAGGUGUGGCUUCAGUGCCUGUCAGUUUUAGUGAAGGAGGUGUGGCCUCAGUGUGUGUCAGUUUCAGUGAAGGGGUGUGGCCUUACUGCCUGUCAGUUUUAGUGAAGGAGGUGUGGCCUCAGUGUGUGUUACUUUCAGUGAAGGAGGUGUGGCUUCAGUGCCUGUCAGUUUUAGUGAAGGAGGUGUGGCCUCAGUGUGUGUCACUUUCAGUGAAGGAGGUGUGGCUUCAGUGCCUGUCAGUUUUAAUGAAGGAGGUGUGGCUUCAGUGCCUGUCAAUUUUAAUGAAGGAGGUGUGGCCUCAGUGCCUGUCAGUUUUAGUGAAGGAGAUGUGUCCUCUGUGCACCUAAGUCCUAACGGAGUAGGCAUGCCCUCUGUCCCAGUCAAUCCUAGUAAAGGCGGUAUGACCUCUGCCUUUCAAUCUCAGUGCAGGAGGUGAGCCCACUGUCCCAUUCAGUCUUAGUGAAGGAGGCGUGACCUCUGUGCCACUGAAGGAAGUGUGGCCUCCACAAUGUUAACACUUUUAUUUUAAUUGAACCAACUUCACAAUAUUAUCUUUCUAAAUCAUAUUUAAAUGUCAGCUUUACAUGUGUCUUUCAUACGUUAGGUGGGUGAUCACCUAUGAGAUGCGCUGUAUUAUCUCAGGAGGAACGAUCUCCAGCGUAGAUGUGUAAAUGGGUGUCAGGAAGGCGAGACAGAGACAGCGUGUAUAUACCUGCUACAUCAGGCGAAGAGGAAGAAUGAAGACAAGUGAGAGAGCCUCCCUUUUUGGGAGCCAUGGAUGAACGUUGGCCCUUGAAAGUCCUGCCCUGCUAUCUACGUGAUGAAUGGCUGCUCCACCGAGUCAAUUGCUCUGUGCUACUUGAUCCUUCACAUGCUGUCUCUGAAUUUAAUAUACUCAGACAUUCAAAGACUGUUGGGUCAUUUCAGUGGAUCUACAUUCUGAAGAGCUACACUAUAUUUUCUGCAUGUGGUCUGAUAACUCGAUGAACCCAAUGAACAUCUUUCUCGCACACUCACGGGUUCUUAUCGCUCUACCCACACUAACCUGAAAAGACCCACACACUAUAUCUGGUAUACGCAUGCUAAGGAUUUCCCUCACUCAGCGCAUGCACUCUGGCCAUGGAAAAAAGCAUGGCAUUUUGUCAAUAAAUGCUGAGGUGUGGUUAGCCGGCAGUCUCAGAAGUCAAGCAGAAUCAAUGAACACUCUGUGAGUAAUGAGCGGAUAGCUCUUACGUUUAGUGGGCCAGAGAGGAACCACCUGCCAAAACCAAGCUGUGAGCUUGGCUUUUCUUUCCUCUUUCAGACUCGCAUUUCCAUUGCAAAGUAGUUCAGCUCCAGCCUUGGCUUGAAUUGUAUACUGCUUGAACUGGAAUUAUUACAUCUCUUCAAGAGACAAAGAAUCUUUUGGAAAAAAAAAACCUGAAUACACUCUAUAAUCUCCAGGACUGACUUAUUCACACCAGAAUUAUACUGCAGCAAGAAAACCCAGAAUCGCAAAGCCACUCUCACUCUCAAGGAUUAGAGAGUGGAGACACGAAGCCUUUCAAUUUACAAUAACGUAAUUACGCCUGGCAGAAAGUAGCUUCUGCACAAAAGGAAAGAGAGCACUUUACAUAAAGUAACUAGGUAUCAGGUAAUUGAAAAGAGACUCAUUUUGACUCAUAGCUAGAGUGAAAAAGGUACAACAUAGCAGUGAGUCAGCGGUAGUGGUGGUGGCCCUCGCCAUGGUGCUGCCACCACCAGACAAACGGCACGUCUGUCUCACCACCAUUGUCAUCAUGACCAGCAUGGCCUUCAUGGAUGCCUACCUGGUGGAGCAAAACCAGGGGCCACGCAAGAUUGGCGUCUGCAUCAUCGUCCUGGUCGGAGACGUGUGUUUCCUCAUAGUGCUCCGCUAUGUAGCUGUGUGGGUGGGAGCUGAGGUACGGACGGCACGCCGCGGUUAUGCCAUGAUCCUCUGGUUUCUCUACAUCUUUGUUUUGGAGAUCAAGCUCUACUUUGUCUUCCAAAACUGCAAGGCUGACCGCAAAAGUCUGGAGACUGUAGCAAGGAAGGCUCUGACUUUACUCCUCUCUGUAUGCGUGCCAGGCCUCUAUUUAGUCCUGGUGGCUCUUGACAGCAUGGAAUAUGUUCGGACAUUUAGGAAGAAGGAGGAUAUGAGAGGAAGACUCUUCUGGGUUGCUUUGGACCUGCUGGACUUGCUUGAUAUCCAGGCAAACCUUUGGGAGCCCCAGCGAACAGGUCUGCCCAUUUGGGCAGAAGGGCUGAUGUUCUUCUACUGCUACAUCCUUCUUUUGAUCCUGCCGUGUGUGUCAUUAAGUGAGAUCAGUGUGCAGGGAGAAAAUGUGUCACCACAGAAGAUGAUGCUAUACCCCAUGCUCAGCUUGGUUACAAUCAACGUGGUCACCAUCCUCAUACGCGGUGUUAACAUGGUGCUCUUUCAGGACAGCCGGGUCUCCACCAUCUUCGUUGGCAAAAAUGUGGUGGCAAUAGCCACCAAGGUGUGCACCUUUCUGGAGUAUCGGAAACAGUCUCGAGAAUUCCCGGCGCGUGAAAACGCAACUGGUAUUCCAAUGGAGAUCCAGCAGAACUCAGUGGGACAUGGACAGGCUCUGCCGAACGCAACAAGCCUCCCACAUGAACCUACACCAGUACAGGAGAUUAUCGACACAUGACCAAGUAACCAAUUAGAAUCGAGUCAUCAAGGCUCCAACAUGGCACAGUUCUACUAUUUGAUGAAUGCAUGAGAGACGGGACUUGUGAUAUUAUUGUAUCAUUUCUGAGUAUUUGGACUGCUUUCCAACUGGGACAUAUGGAGGGAAAGGAAGAAAAAAACAUACAUAAACAAGCUGAAAUUUCGAGGUGCAGCAAAACAGAUUUCUACUGACUGAGCUGGCAUAUUUUGCCAGAAUUUCACUCUGUAAUGGCUGAGUGACAUCAGCUCAACUUGUUUUUCUUUCAAGAACAUUUGUGAGUGUGGGAUUUUUCUAUUGCUGCAUUCCUUGCUGCAUACCUGACCUACCAGAUAUCAGCAUCUCUCUAAAUUGGCUCCUGCAGUGUAAAAGGACUUUGGGAAGGUAUAGGACAGAAGAAAGAAAGCAAUUAUUGAUUUACAACUGAGAGGAAGCUCUUUGGAAAUGUCUGUUUUUUGUUAGGAUGAUAUUUUUUGACAAGUGGCUGGUAAUUGAGUGUCCAAUUGCUGCAGCAAAUGAGGCUUGUGGUUGUGCAUACGGAGAUUGUGUGGGCCAUUGUGAGGAUUGGAUAAUGAUGAUAGAGUGAAAGAGGGACUUUGGCAACCUCAGCACAGAGAGUGAGAUAAAAAAUCCUGAUCUGAUCAAACCAUUAUGAUAUACAAUCUAUGUACAUUCCCUCACAAAAAGCCUUGAAAGUCAGUGAAUGCACUCACAGAGCUUAUUUGGUAAAAGCAUACAAGUAAACAUUAUUAUUAUUAUUAUUAUUAUUAUUAUUAUUAUUAUUAUUAUUAUUAUGUACUAGUGUGUGCUUCAUUUAUACAUUUUAUGUUGGAGGGUGUUUAAUAAAAAAGAAUACUUAAUCUCUGUGUUUGGAUGAGUGGGAGACUGAGAAAGACAUACUAAGUGCUAAAGAUAUAAUAAUUCAUAUUAAGAAAUCCAAGCAGGAAAUUGUGACCAAAAAAAAGAUUUGCCUGUCAUCUUCCUCCCACUGCAGACUUUCAACAGUAUGGGCUAAAUACAGCAAAUGUCACCAUCAUUUGAAUAGCUUUUUGUCAGCAAAAAAAGAGCAGAAAGAAAUCAAAUGGCAAACCUGCAAAAAUAAGAAAUUAUCUAUACACCUAUCAGCGGGAGCUCACCUUUCUUAGCCUUACGCAGCAAGGAAGCCCUUCGUAAAUCGCCAGGUCUGUACAUCAGGAAAUGAAUUGUGCCUCUUCUACAGGGUGGUAAAAGCUCCAUUCUUGCCCUCAAUGAUUUAUAUAUCACACAUAACCUCCUAAUAUAUUCAAUCUCAACACCAUUAAUUCAGCGCAUGUGGAUAAUGUGAGGCGGCGUUUCGUAUCUUGCCAGUUGUUGACACCCUGUGUAGUUAGCAGGCAACGCUGAGUAGACACUUUUUCUCUGGCCUCUACUUUGCUGCACUUCCACACUUACCAUCACUGCACUAAGUGAUCACAGCCUCAGAGCUCAUAUAUCUACAUGUAAAUAACCUGCCUCUCCAGGGCCAUCAACAAAACCAUUUGAACAUAUGCCCACUUAGUAUGAACCAGAAGUGAGCACCAGUUUGAGACACGUGAAUCAACAGUACAAUAUAACAUAAGCAACAUUAGCAUGCUUACAAUUAACGCUGGUACUCCUGCCAUUGUUUAUGAGGGGCAGCAUAUCUGCCUCCUUAACGUCUGCCUCAUUUUUAAUGUUUCUCCAUCAGCUUUGGCUAAUAAAGUAUGCACACAGUUUUUACCCUGUAAGCAGUCAGUCAGAAUUGCUGUGCUUUUUUUUAGUUUUGUACUAUAUGAGGCUAAUAAGUAACUUUUUAGCUAAUACUUUAACAUUACACAAUCUGUAUAAUGCAAUGUGCUUAUUAUUACUUGUCACACUGUACAAGAUGACUCUAGUAAAAUCUUGGCCGAAUUGUAUUACAGACGGAUUAUAUGAUGAAGAUCGUCUAAUGAUAGACCUGCAAUUACCGAAUAUUACUACAUUCUGUUUAUGUCAUAAACAGAACCAUUCUUCAAAGUAAGCCUGAGGUAAUAACGAUGUUUUUCGUUUACAUUUCACCAUUGCCUCUACCAUAUUUGUAACUGUCCCAUGUGUUUUGGUCAUCUUGUGCCAUCCUCCUAUUGGUGGAUUUUAGAUGAGCCUCAUAGCACACUCUUGAGAUUUUAAUAAAAUUUCUCACACUGCCAGAACUUUGUUGCCAGCUGUCUUUGGUUGCAAUGCCAUUAAAUUGGCUGCCAGUGAGCACGUCACUUUAUGCAUUGUAAGAUCACAGAUUUCAACUCAAGAUGUGUCAUUUUUGUCUGCCAAGUCAGGCUAAAAGUCGUACAUCAGUGUAAUCUUGCAUAAUCAUCACAAACUCAACAAAUGGAUUUGUUCAGUUGUUCAGUAUCUUGUUCAGUUCAGGUUCUGAUAGUGUAUGCCAUUGUUAUCUAUAACAAAAAAUAAAUAAAUAAAAAUAAAACUGCUAUAGUGGCCAUCUUGAAGCUGGAAUCCCUUUCUUCCUCAGCCCAUAGUUUGGUGUCACUGCACUCAAACAUUACACCCAGGAAGGAGGUGUGGCACAACGAUGUUGGGACCAAUUUGAUGUCCAUAGAGAUAUUUCCUGAUAUUUUGUGAAACUUUGUGUAAAAAUGGCAUUACCAAGCCAAAUGUUGCCUUUUAAAGUAUGUGAUGAAUUACAGUUUGGAAGAUGAUAAACCGGAGGCAAUAGAGUUGCCUGAUUGACUAUAGUUUGGGGUAAGGAAAUUAUGGAGAUUGAAUUUUUUCUUGGGAAAAAAAACACUGAGAUGAAAUAUUUCCAGGUAUGUGUGACCCCUGCUGAAAAAAUGGCCUUGGCCAGUAAAUUGAUUUUAGUUGGUUACCUGCCUCGGCUGGUCAAGAUAGUCUGGUUUGAUAGUUUUACAGGGGACAUGACAAAUAUAAAUACCCAUACCUCAGACACGGCAAAGCAAUAUGAUCAAUGUCAAUCUUUGGUUUACAUCUAUGUUUCAUGUAAUAGAAUGCAAAUGGAGUUUUUGUUGCCAUUUCAUCGCCAGAGAAGCAAGCAAGUUAAUAUGUAUCCUGAUGAGGACAAAUCCUUGUAGUAUUUAUAACAUAGAGGUUUUUAUUUACUCAAAAAAGUUUAUUUGCAUGUGAAGGUGCAGAAGGCACCAGUAUGUCGGUUUGACCAUCAGGACAGUGAUUUUUAAAACCACUUCUGCAAGGAAGAAAUAGAUUUUUUUUCUCUGACAAGGAUAAAAAUAAAUGAUUUUGCUGGGAGAGGGGCCUUGUAGUGGUUUGGCAUGCCAUCAUUUUGUCCCAAAUAUAUUUAUGGAUUUUCAUGCAGGAAGUGCUCAGCCAGACAGAACAGAAGCUGCAGUGUCAUCACCCAUCACCACUGCAGAACAAAUUAGGAAGAAAAACUGGACCACAGAAAUACACAGAAGCACUGGCCACAUGUAAGACUAAGUCUACUUUUGGGAAGAUCAAUCCACAUUUGCUGGUUAAUGAAAGAUACAAGCAUCUGGGUUUUUAUAAAUGUACACACUUCCAAGACUUUUCCAGUUAGCCCAAAGUGUUGCGUUACCCAGCAAGGAGUCAGUGAGAUUUUUUUAGCACAUGAGCUGAGUGAUUCUAUUGAAGUUUAAGUUUAGUUGAACUACACAAACUGUGCAAUUUUUUUCAGCUAAAACUAUGUUUAGUUCUGAGGUGUACAGCCUUCAUAGCAGCCUGAAAUAUGGAUAUUGUAAAGUAGUGUCUUAUUUCUUGCAAAGCUAGCUCUUUAAGCUGGUGCUCAGCUUGAUUUACUUCCUCACAGGUGAAUGCAUUCAAGAAAAUAGCUGCUGCUGGCUUUAUUCGUUAUUCAUGGCCCUUCCUACCCACGUCGAAACAGCACUGUGGAGACUCGCUUUGCUAGCAAUAACAAGGUGUAAUACCCUGCUUUCUGAAAUGUAAAGUUUUUCCACCUUUUAUGGGUUUGCCAGAAGGAGAUAGAUGUGGCAGAGGUGAGUAACACAAUAAACAAUGGGUGGAUUAAUAAAGAGAAACCAAUUAAUAUAAGCUAGGCUCAAUUUUGGGGUCAGCAGGGGUGCCACCAAAUAGUCCCAAUAAUUAUCUUUGUAAAAACUGAAAUUCCUCUUUUUCCAUGUUAGUUCCAUCUCUAUUAUUUAUUUACACAAUGUAUCAGGAGUUCCACAUGUCAAUUCAACGAGUUACAAUCAGCUGUUUUCAUAUACAGUAUUUACUCUACAUUAUAUCUAAUUACUGAACUGUUAACAUGUUUGUUUUUCUGUUAACAACAUUAGCUAGCUAACUAACAAUGGCUUACUUGGCUAUAGUUAGAUUGCUAACAUCAACCAAAACACCAGCUUGUAGUAGCUA